AAGGACAAGGAAGAUUAAAAGAACCACUUUUUAUCAUUUUUGUUCCUUAGGAACAUUAGAGGCACAAGCAUCCGGUUUCAGUAUGUGUGACGUAACCGAACCGAGGUGGAAUUUCGGGAGUGUUCGUCGACUUGACACAAGCCGAGCCGUGUGGGCGGCCGCUCACUCACCUGGCGGACUCACGACAAGAAUGAACCCACCCUGGAAGUGUUGAUAAAGAUACCGGGGAAAACAGAGAAUGUACACGACAGAGCGGAGGCGUAUGAGCUUACGGCGGGAGUCCGUCUCGCCGCCGUCGUCGGCGGGCACUUUGUGGCAGGACCCGCUGGCCAUGGAACUGAGUGCCCGGAGCACCGCCGCCAAGAGCGGCGCCGUCUCGCCCCGGAGCCGCGGCGGUCGCGCCGUGUCGGUGGCUUACAUCGCCAACGACGGCGAGGACGAGGGGGCUGCGACGGCGGCGGCUACCCCGGCCGAGCGUCGCUUGUCCCUGGCGUGUGUGAAGGCGGCGUGUGCCGACUCGAGAGCCUCGUUUCAAAGCAUCCCGUUCGAGAGGAUCUCCAUGGCGACCACGGACGUCCUGGAUAGCUUCUACAACGCAGAUGUCGCUGUGGUGGAGAUGAGUGACUCCUUUUGCCAGGCGUCUCUCUUCUAUCACCUGGGAGUGAGGGAAAGUUUCAGCAUGACCAACAUCAUCAUCCUGUACUGUUAUCAGGAGGACACAGACCUGCAGGCUGUCAAGGAGCAAUGUGGAAGCUACACGUUCCUCCCUUAUGUGGUGACGCCUCAGGGCAAGGUGUUCGCCUGCGAUGGCGCCGUGAUGACGGGCAUCAAAGAGCUGAUGCAGCCCGCUUUCCAGCUGGACUCUCUGCUCACGCCAUUGGCGGAGAGACUGGCGCACUUCCUCAACAACGUCGAUGUGCAGUCCAGCGAGUACUUCCGGGAGUCCAUCAGGCACGAAAUCCGCAUGGCGAGGGAGCGGUUCAGCGGUCGGGCUCUAGGCGAGGAGCUGAGUUGCAUCCAGAAGCGUUUGGACAGUGUGGAGCUGCUCACCCCUGACAUCGUCAUGAACCUGCUGCUGUCCUACAGGGACAUUCAGGACUACGAUGCUAUGAUCAAACUGGUGGAGAUGCUGAAUAACCUUCCAAUGUGUCUUGUGGCAAGACACCAAAAUAUCAAAUUUCAUUACAUAUUUGCUCUCAACAGGAGGAAUCAACCAGGUGAUCGCGCCAAGGCUUUGGAGGAGGUCCUGCCCAUUGUGGAAUCAGGAGGCAACGUGGUGUCUGACGUCUACUGCCUCUGUGGUCGCAUCUACAAAGACAUGUUCAUUAGCUCAGGCUUCACUGACCAGCACAGUAGAGAUCAAGCCUGCUACUGGUAUGGAAAAGCGUUUGAAACGGAACACACUUUGCACUCGGGCAUCAACAAUGUGGUCCUUCUGAUGGCGGCUGGACACGAGUUUGAUACGUCCAUUGAGCUGCGUAAAAAAGGUGUGACCUUAAGCACUCUGUUGGGCCGGAAGGGCAGCCUGGAGAAGAUGAAAGACUACUGGGAUGUGGGAUUCUAUCUCGGCGCUAACAUACUAGCUAAUGCGCACAGAAAAGUCAUCGAGGCUUCCGAGAAACUCUACAAGCUCAAGGCUCCCGUUUGGUACGUGGCGUCCGUGAUGGAGACCUACGUUCUGUACCGACAGUUUGCCAAGCCCCCCGAGGUGAGGUCUCCCAAGCAGGACACAGUGGACUUCUGGAUGGAGCUGCUGUCACAGUACUGUCAACCCAACAUCUCCACCGACUGCUGCCCAGUGCUCAUUCUGGAGCCCAGUAAAGUCCUUCAACCUUCUAUAGUGUCUGUGAGCGAGGGGGAUGAAAGUCACACUGUCCAGUUGAAACACGUCACUCCCUUCAAGAAAGGCUUGCAUCAGUGGACUUUCCCAGCCGCUGCAAUCCGGGGAGUGAGCGCUUCAAAGAUUGACGAGCGGAGCUGCUUCCUGUACGUGCACUACAACUCUGAUGACUUCCAGCUGUGCUUCCCCUCAGAGCUACACUGUAAAGGUUUCUGUGAUCUGGUAAAUUCUCUGCUCCAUAAGGCUGAGAAUGCCUCCGAGGAUCUGAAUCAUAUCAGUGAGGGAAUACUUGAGUACGUCUAUGAGAUCAACGAGAACGGCAACAAGGUGGUCCUUGGGAAAGGCACAUAUGGCGUCGUGUACGCCGGUAGGGACAUGAGCAACCAAGUGCGUAUCGCCAUCAAGGAGAUCCCAGAGAAGGACAGAACUUAUUCCCAGCCUCUCCACGAGGAGAUCUGCCUUCACAAGCGGCUGAAGCACAGAAACAUCGUCCAGUACCUGGGCUCCAUUAGUCAGGAUGGUUUCAUCAAGAUCUUCAUGGAAGAAGUACCAGGAGGUAGCCUUUCGUCUCUGCUCCGUUCCAAGUGGGGUCCCCUGAAAGACAACGAGGCCACCAUCAUCUUCUACACCAAGCAGAUUCUCGAGGGGCUAAGAUACCUUCACGACAACCAGAUUGUCCACAGAGACAUCAAGGGUGACAACGUGCUGAUAAACACAUACAGCGGUGUUUUAAAGAUCUCCGACUUUGGAACCUCCAAGAGGCUCGCGGGUAUCAACCCCUGCACUGAAACUUUUGCUGGAACGCUACAGUAUAUGGCACCAGAGAUUAUAGACCAGGGGCCUCGGGGCUACGGGAAGCCGGCUGACAUAUGGUCCCUUGGGUGCACUGUCAUCGAAAUGGCAACGGGCAAAACGCCCUUCCAUGAGCUGGGGAGUCCUCAGGCAGCCAUGUACAAGGUUGGGAUGUUUAAGAUCCACCCCAAGGUUCCGGAGUGCAUGUCAGUUGAGGCCAAGAACUUCAUCAUGAACUGUUUCGAGCCCAACCCGGAUGACCGGGCCACGGGAACUGACUUACUCAGGGACACGUUCCUUACGUCGUCCCCCAGGAAGAAGCUAAGGGCCCCGCAGGAGUGUGACCCCGAAGACGCUUCUGCUGGUGACUACCAACGCAGCCUGUCAGUGCCAGUCUUGUCCAUUGUUGUGGAGGACACUGACGCCUACUCCGAUUCAAUUGACCUGUCCUGCUCACUGGACUUGAGGAGGACACAGUCCAUCUUUAGAGCAAACCACAUCUCGGAGAGCCCGCCCGGCAAUGGUCGCUUCCUGCCAGUGCCGGAGGACUCGGCACUGGACAUGAGCAGCCCAGCGUCUACAGACGAGAACAUGGGCAUGUUCUUGCUGAGGAAGGACAGUGAGAGGAGGGCCACGCUGCACCGGGUGCUCACUGAUUACAUCGCCAACGUGGUGGUGAACAUACAGGAAGCCUUGCCGCAGUUUGAGAGGUCAUCGGUCACUUCGGAGCACAUCACCGAGCUGGUUUGCUGCCUGCGGGCAAACAUCUGUUCACCAGACAAGAAGCGGCUGACCAGCAGCCUGCGGCACCUUCGAUCCGCGCUGCUUUCCGCCGCCAUACCUCUCAACGGCCUGCAGGCGGUGCUGUUUAGCUUCCAGGACGCAGUGAAGAAGGUGUUGAGGCAGCAGCAGGUGAAGCCUCAUUGGAUGUUCGCACUUGACAACCUGCUGAGACAGGCAGUGCAGGAAGCCAUCACUGUGCUUCUUCCAGAAUUGAAGCUCCAGCUGCAGUCGUCGUUCGAGACGGAGGACACCAGUCCUGACGAGUCGACGGCUGAUGUGAACGGCGUCCAGCGGGAGGAGGAGAGGGUGGCAGCAGAAUACCAACGGUCCGAGUCAGUCGACAAGUUGUUUGUGCCGGCCAGCCCAACGGACGCCAUCCUGAACAACAACUGCCCGCUCAGUGACGAACUGAGGGACCUCAGACUAGAGACCAGAAGGCUGCUGAGGCUGCUGAAUGACAAGGAGAGAGAGUACCAGGACCUACUGAAGAUGUCAGUGGAGAAGAAACAGGAAGACAUCAAUGCUCUCAGGAGACACACUCCAGACGAUGGGUGGACUGCACAGAAGAGCUGUGAUCUGGAUGUGAAGGACAUGGUGAGCUGGCUGGAGACCAUUCCAGUUGACCAGCACACUGUAGAGAAGUUGGUUGCUCAUGAAUUCACGUUGGACUGUCUCCUGCACAUGGCCUGCAGGGACGACUUGAUGUACUGUGGAAUAAGAGGAGGCGUGCUGUGUCGCAUGUGGGCGGCCAUUAUUGCUUACAGGAAGUCUGAGCGCAGCAGCACGUUGGACCAGGACAGCCACGCCGCUCCACUUUGACACCUGACCGGCGCUUUAGUGGACAGGCUGGACCUGUUUCAGGUGCUACCACUGUCAUUUACUUUUCUACAUUUCAAUGUAAAUAUGUAAUAUGUCUCAGGUUUUUUUAUAUUACAUACCUUAUACCUCACUAUUCAACUCUUUUCUAACAAGAGUUGCUCCAAAUUCUUACUGCAUUUGGUGGAAACAAAUAAACAAGUAGCAUGCUGCUUACGGUGUCACACAAUGAUAGAAAACCUUUUUUGAAAAAAAGAAAAAAAAAAACAUCUUAUUAAGGAUGCAUCCUAUGUCGGGACUUUAGGUGGAAAUGCUUCCUGGUAGGAUGUAACAAUGACCAAAGACCUGCUUGAGGUUUCUUCCCAAGAGGAAGUUUUUCCUUGCCUCUGUCGGCUCGUGCUUGCUCACGUGGGGUCCAGUUUGUCUUUUAAUGAGUGAGGAGUGUGGGCUUAAACCUGCUCCGUGUGUAAAGUGCCCUGAGACAACCUAUGUUGUGAUUUGGCGUAGUACAGAGGACAAAUAAGUAAAGCAGUGGGUGAUCGGUGACGGGAUAGUAAAAUACAGUAUUUACUUACAAACAGCUGCAACAAUAGCUAAUGCUAGCUAGGGAUGACUUUGACAGUGCAGGUUUCUUUGUAAAUGUUAUCCAAAAUGAAUGAAUCAUCGAAUGAAUAUAGGAUCGAAACAGCACAGUCCUUUCUCUUCGUUUCGCUUUUAAACUGGCCGCGGCCACAUGCCUUGCUACAUGCCUUCCAUUGAGUUUCAUUGUUUCAAUUCACCCACUUGUUGAGCUGCUGAACUCCUGAAAAGGUUGCUUGGCCCACUGGUUUGAAAGCGAGCGUUUAUUUUGCUUGCCACUGAGUCACAUGACAGAAUCAUGUUCGCUGAUUCGGCGAAUGAGGACUUUCAUGCACUUCCUCCUUUCUGUCCUCCUUCUAUGCCGUCCAUGCACCCGUUUGGUUGUUUUCUUUUUUGACAGUAACUAUGAAUAAAAAUUGCACAUCGUUAAAGCAACGUUCACGAUUACAUCAAAGGCGAUAUAUAUUGCCCACCCCUAAUUUGGCGCUGUAUAAAUACAAUUGAAUUGAAUGUAGGGUGCAUCCUUAGUAUGGUACGUCCUAGGAAGGAUGGAUCAUUUAAAGGCUACGUGCUAUGUACGGUGCAAUCUUGCUAGCGUGCAUCCUAGUGACGGUCCAUCCUUUCUUACAUGCAUCCUUUUUAGGGUGCAUUCUAGGUUAUAGGACUUUGGGUGGAAAAGCUUUCUGGUAAGGAUACAUCCUUGACAGGGUGCAACAAUGACAAAAGACCAGUUUUUAAAAGACAUUAAGUAUAGUAAGAUAUUUUGUUGUGCAUUCUAGGUAGGGUGCAUCUUAGUAGGGCACAAAAAUACCUUUUAGUUUUUUUUUUAUGACAGAUCUUUUUUUGUUGUUGUUUUUAAAACAUCUAAAAAAUACAUUUUCUUAAACCUUAUUUUUUUUAAAUAUGUAAUUUAAGCCUUUUUAGAAUGACUUGUAUAUCAAGGCAUUUUUUAAAUGUCAUGAUAUACAGUAAGAGGAGGUAGGAUCCAUGCUUGGGAAGGUGAAUCUAAGAUAGGGUGCAUCCCAAAUAGGGUGUAACCUAGGUAGGGGGCAUCAUUUUGACAUUAAAAAUUGUCUUGCUAGACAUCGUCUAAUCCGUUUCAGGCCCAAAAUUUAAUUAUAAUUACUAUACUUAUACUUAUCAGUGUGUGGUUAAAAAUAAAUAUAGUGCAAUACAGAAAUAAGUGAAGACACACUAUUUUGAAGAAAUAAAACACUAAACAAAUAUGAUACGUAACAUUUUUUGCUCAUUACCUUUAACUAAGGAGAGGAAAGGGGAGGAGGACUAAGCUCCUCAUUGAAGAAGAGGCUUCUUCCAUAAUAAUGCGGGGAAAUUCAAUUUUUUUUUUUUUUUUUUUUUUUUUUUCCUGUUUCUUUUUGUAAUUCAUUGGUUGAUAUUAGGCGGCACGGUGGCCGACUGGCUAGAGCGUCAGCCUCACAGUUCUGAGGACCCGGGUUCAAUCCCCGGCCCCGCCUGUGUGGAGUUUGCAUGUUCUCCCCGUGCCUGCGUGGGUUUUCUCCGGGCACUCCGGUUUCCUCCCACAUCCCAAAAACAUGCAUGAAUUGGAGACUCUAAAUUGCCCGUAGGCAUGACUGUGAGUGCGAAUGGUUGUUUGUUCCUAUGUGCCCUGCGAUUGGCUGGCAACCAGUUCAGGGUCUACCCCGCCUCCUGCCCGAUGACAGCUGGGAUAGGCUCCAGCACGCCUGCGACCCUAGUGAGGAGAAGCGGCUCAGAAAAUGGAUGCAUGGAUGGAUGGUUGAUAUUGGCACAACAAACCAAUCCAGAUCAACUUUUCUUUUGCUGUUCAGAAAAAAAAAAAAAUCUGAAAGUGGAAUCAUCAGAGAGAAGGACGUGGCCGGGACGUGGCAGGUGUUGGUCCCAUGUUUUCACCUUGAAACCCUCCCCUUAGUGUGUUGUGUCUUGUAGCUUAGAAACCUCCCUAUUUUCAAAUAAAUGCAGGAGCGACGGGAGAGAUUGUUUAGAGCGUGUUGAGAGGCUGUAAUCUGAACAAUCUCCCAUCCGCCCUCCUCAUGAGAAAAAGAAA